GACUGACAGAUCAUCUGGUGUGUUGCAGUUGUAAGAGCUGACUGAUUAUACUCACGUUAAUAAUUCAACUUUUAUUUCAGAGCUGAGUUGUGCAGUUUACUUGAACGUCUUAGCCUGAAGGACGGUAGCUGGUAUGGGGCAGGCAUCAGGCGAUGACUCAUCGGAAAUACAGAAGACUAGUCGAGCUCCCCUACCUCGCAGAUCUGUUUAAAACUAAUUAGUCCUCUGGUCCUGAUAAUUCAGAACUAAACAAAUAUGGAAAGGUGGCAGGGAAGAGUUGCUGUUGUGACCGGAGCCAGUGCUGGUAUAGGAGCUGCCAUAGUGGAGGACUUGGUGGAGAGUGGCAUGGUGGUAGUGGGUCUGGCCAGGAGGGAAGACCAUUUGCUUAAAAUCAAGGACAAGCUGACAGGGAAACCGGGCACCUUCCAUCCAAUAAAAGCUGACAUCACUAAAGAAGAGGAUUUUGAUAAAGCAUUUGAGUGGAUACAAAACAAUUUAGGUGGUUUAGAUGUUUUGGUGAAUAAUGCAGGUGUCGUUGUAACAAGCUACAUCUCUGAUGGCAACCUUGAAGAUUGGCGUAAGAUAUUUGAACUGAAUGUUUUUGCUGCUGGAGCGUGUGCACGAGAAGCAGUCAAGUCAAUGAGAGCACGUAACAUUGAUGGUCAUAUAAUCAACAUUAACAGCAUUUGUUCUCAUUGGAUUCCAAACCUUCCUGGUAUUGCUCCAUAUUCAGCAUCUAAGCAUGCAGCCAAGGUCAUCAGUGAAGGUCUUAGAAUGGAUCUUGCAUCACAAAAGUCUAAAAUUAAAGUUACAAAUAUAAGUCCAGGUUUAGUAGCUACACCCAUGCUUGAUUCAUUCAAAGAAGGCAAAGAGCUGAACAUAUUCUUUGAACCUCUCAAUGCCAAGGACAUCGCAGAUGCUGUCCAUUAUGUCCUAGGCACACCUCCUAAUGUUCAGGUCACCGAGCUAAUUAUUCGGCCAGUUCAAGAAAGAAUUUAAUAUGGUUUACUUUUACCGGUCAACCUGCUUUCAUCUACACAUGGCUCUCAUGCAUUUAUUUAUGCAUUUGGCUCUCUUACUCUACCUAAUAUUUAUGACAUUGAUAUAGUUUGCUUAUAUACUAUACGGUACGCAUAUACAUUUAUGUUGAAGGACUCUAAAAAAAACGUGUUAUAACCAAAAGUCUAAUUUUGAUGUUUGGUGAUCCUGAUUCCUCCUUGUUAAUAAAAAAACAUACUAUUGUUAA